AUGGGAAUUACUCGUAUGGGAGACCUCAAGCACACAAAGUCUGGCGCUCGCCAAGUCGCAUGGCGUAAGAAACGUAACUUCCUUGCCGGCCGUCCAUCUGCUCAGACACGUAUCGGUGAGAAGAGAAUCCACGCCGUCCGUGUACGCGGUGGCAACCUCAAGAUGCGUGCUCUCCGUCUCGAAACAGGCACAUUCGCUUGGGCUUCUGAGAACUGCACACGCAAGACACGUAUCCUUAACGUUACAUAUCACCCAGCUGACAACGAUCUUGUCCGCACAAACACACUUGCUCGUGGCUCCGUCGUUUCCAUCGAUGCUGCUCCAUUCAAGCAGUGGUACGAACGCCAGUUCGGCAAGGCUCUUGGCAAGUCCCAAUAUGUCAAGCCAGAGAAGGUUACAGAUAAGAUGACACAGCGCUGGGCUGCUAACAAGGAUGGUGGUGUUGUUGCUCCAGAACUCGUUGCUGAAUUCGAUCAGGGUCGUCUUUUAGCUGUUAUCACAUCACGCCCAGGCCAAUGCGGUCGUGCUGAUGGUUAUAUCCUCGAAGGUGAAGAAUUAGCAUUCUACUCCGAUAAGAUUGCCAAGAAGAAGUAA